GUCCGAAGCUCUCUCUCUCUCUCUCUCAUCAUACUUACUAUCAUCUCUUUGACGAUCAUCACAUUGUCAACAGAACCAUCACCUUCAUCCCAUACCACGCUCCAACAUCACCACCACACAAUCUGCCAAGAUGGUCCAAAGAAUCCCAGAAGCCGAGGGCCUCCUCGACAUGCUUUCCAUGAAGGGAAAGGUCGUCGUCGUCACUGGUGCCUCGGGUCCCAAGGGUAUGGGUAUCGAGGCUGCUCGCGGAGCUGCUGAGAUGGGUGCCGACGUGGCCAUCACAUACGCUUCCCGUCCCGAGGGCGGAGAGAAGAACGCGAAAGAGCUUGCGGAGAAGUAUGGCGUCAAGGUCAAGGCAUACAAGUGCCAGAUCGACAACUACGAGAGCGUGGAGAAGCUCGUCAAGGACGUCAUCCAGGACUUUGGCAAGAUUGACGCCUUUGUCGCCAACGCCGGUGCCACUGCGGAUUCUGGCAUCCUCGAUGGCUCUGUUGAGGCCUGGAACCACGUCGUCCAGAUUGACUUGAACGGCACCUUCCACUGUGCCAAGGCUGUCGGCCACCACUUCAAGGAGCGCGGAACGGGAUCUCUCGUCAUCACAUCUUCCAUGUCAGGCCACAUUGCCAACUUCCCACAAGAACAGACAUCCUACAACGUCGCCAAGGCCGGCUGCAUCCACAUGGCCAAGUCCCUGGCCAACGAGUGGCGCGACUUUGCCCGUGUCAACUCCAUCUCGCCCGGUUACAUCGACACUGGUCUCUCCGACUUCGUGGCCAAGGACGUGCAGAAGCUGUGGCACUCCAUGAUCCCCAUGGGCCGUGACGGUCUCGCCAAGGAGCUCAAGGCCGCUUACGUCUACUUCAUGUCGGACGCAUCCACCUACACGACUGGUGCCGAUCUCAUCAUUGACGGUGGUUACUGCUGCCGUUAAAUGUCAUACGACGUUGUUUUUUGUGACGAGCCAUGAGAAAAAAAAAGGAACGGUCGGCUUUUCAUUUUUGCCGUCGUGACAAUUCCAGCAAUUGUGAAUUGCAGGGGGAAGCUACUGCAGCUUACCUCACAUACACACUACCACAUCCUCGAGAGAGAGAAGGGCUUGAGAUAAAAAAACCUGUACCGUAGCUGUACUUCAGACUGUAUGCUACGUUUUGAUGAAACGACGAGGCCACUUGCACUUCUCAUUGUUCAUGCUCUAUAUCAAACCUCAUGUAUACCUGAUGUACUCGCUUUCGCAAACCCCAUGCCUUGUAUAUGACUUUAC